UGGUUAGAACACGCACCCGCGCAGAGAGAGAGAGAGAGAGAGAGAGAGUGUGUGUGUGUGUGUGUGAGUGUGUGUGUGAGAGAGAAAAAGAGAGACUGCACCAGCUCGCGCUGUCCCGCGGCAGGAUUUGGAGACUAGGGUGUAUGAUGGUGUUCGGUGUUCCGUCUCCCGGACAUGUUGCUCGGGUAAAAUCCGGAUUAACGCGCGCGCACUAACCCGGUUUUAAUCUGUGUGUGGAUUAUAAAGGGAAACUUUCUCUUGUGUUUUCUCCCGGAUUUAAACGUCCAGCUGCUCGCUAUAAGCAGGAGAGACUGAAGGAAAAAGGAGCGAAAGAGCUAGAGAAAGAGUGAAGCCGUCUGUGUCAUGGCCUCUGACCUGUGAUCGUCGUCGUAAGCUUCCUGCCCCGAGACGCACCCAAUCAGAUCAGGAUGAAGAGCGAGUUUGUGUCGUUUCCGCUGUGCGCCGUCACUCUGCUCACGCUGACUCUGUCUCAGCACUGCGUCGCCAUCAGAUGGCUGGCUCUCUCUCAGACGUCGGAGCACAUUAAUAAGACGCAGCAGUGUAAGACCCUACCAGGCCUCGUGUCCUCACAGGCUCAGCUCUGCCGCACCAACCUGGAGCUCAUGCAGGUCAUCGUCCAGGCGGCACGUGAGGUCAAAAAGACGUGUCAGAAAACGUUCACCGAUAUGCGCUGGAACUGCUCGUCCAUCGACGCUCCCAAAUAUCUCCCAGACCUGGAGAGAGGAACGAGGGAGUCUGCGUUUGUGUACGCUCUUUCUGCCGCCGCUAUCAGCCACACCAUCGCUCGAGCGUGCACCAGUGGAGAUCUCAGGCUGUGUACCUGUGCCCCGAUCCCAGGAGAUACCCUCGAGCCCGGGCACAGGUGGGGCGGCUGUGCCGACAACCUCCACUACGGCCUUGUCAUGGGGUCAAAGUUCUCAGAUGCUCCCAUGAAGAUAAAGAAGAAAACUGGAUUUUCACACCCAAACAAACUAAUGCACCUGCACAACAGUGAAGUGGGACGACAGGCCCUCAAGGACGCGCUGGUGGUGAAGUGUAAGUGUCACGGCGUCUCGGGCUCCUGCUCCAUCCGAACCUGUUGGCGAGGUCUACAGGACCUGAAGGAAAUCGCUCAGGACUUGAAGGUGAAGUACUUGUCGGCCACCAGAGUGAAGCACCAGCCACAAGGGACACGCAAACAGCUCGUCCCCAAAGACAUCGACGUGCGACCGGUGCGAGAGAACGAGCUGGUGUACCUGCAGAGCUCACCCGACUUCUGCACCAUGAACGAGAAGAUGGGAUCCAUCGGCACUCAGGACAGGCAGUGUAACAAGACAUCGAGCGGGAGCGACAGCUGUGACCUGAUGUGCUGCGGCCGAGGCUAUAACCCGUACACGGAGAAGGUGCUAGAGCGAUGCCACUGCAAGUACCACUGGUGCUGCUAUGUCACCUGUAAGAAAUGUGAGAGGACUGUGGAGAGAUACGUGUGUAAAUGAGUCUCUCUCUCACACACACACACACACACACACACACACACACACACACACACACACACACACACCUACAUCAGGAGCUCUGAUUAUCCGUCUUUAACCAAAAGCACUACAAAGAAACCCGUCGUUUCUCUUCAGCUCCUUUUUUUUUUUACAUCUUCUGACCAACCCACAGACUGGACCAUCUCACACUUUGUUGUUCCUCAUGUUGUUCCCAGCUCCAGCUUCUGUCCUCUUCAUCACAUCGUCUGGAGCUUUAUACAGUUCUCCAGGUUUUUAUUAACAUUACACACUUUAUUCUUUAACACCAUCCAUCAGUCCUGAAGAGAACAGUGUCAUGUUGUUGUGUUGUUGUUGUUGUUGUUGUUGUUGUUGUUGUUGUUUUAAAGCAUCUGUUAUAUCAGAAUAUCAAGAGUUUAUUUUCUUAUAUGAUAUUCGAAAUGAAAAGCUUUAUUUUUAUUUUUUAGUAUAAAUAUUGCAAACAAAACCCAAACCCAGAGACCAGACUAUUUUAUCUUGAGAGAAACUCUGACACUCCAACAUUAAACUUUAAGCAGGAUCCUGAGGAGUGUUUGAGUGGGUGUGUGUUCCUGUGUGUGUGUUCCUGAGUGUGUGUUCCUGUGUAUGUUCCUGAGUGUGUGUUCCUGUGUGUGCGUUCCUGAGUGUGUGUUCCUGUGUAUGUUCCUGAGUGUGUG